AAAGUAACUUCGAACGAGAGCGGUUCGUUACUCGGUUGUAAGCAGCGAAUGAGAAAUAUAAGUUAACGUCGCCGUCGCUGUCGCCAUCUGAGAGCAGCAAAAGAGACCAACGCAAAUAAAGUAGACGACGCAAAAACGGAGUAGCUUGCCGAACGUGUGUGUGUGUGUGUAUGCGAGAGCGAGUGCGCAGCAGUUGCACGCCCAGUGAGAGUUUGUGUGCGAGCGAGAUAGCAUUGUGGCAGCCACUGAGCGCGCAGUAGACAAAAAGGAAAACGAAAAACUGGCAGCAGAGGGCAGGCAGUUGGCCGCCGUUAAUGUAAAUAGGCGUUGCAUAUGUGUGCGAGUAAAUAACACAGCGUUGACAGCGACGCAGCGUCGCUUGCUUCAGUUGUACGCGAAACGUUGAAUCGAACGGACGUGCGCGCAUUUUUGCUGUCAGAUUAAAUAAGUGCUUUAACUAAAACACAAAAUACAUGGAUUAAGUGUAAUAAUUUAACAAUAAAUAAAAAAAAAAUACGCAUAAAUAAAUGCAUAGUAAAUGCAAGGCAAAGCAACAACUAAUUUGUUACAGUGCUGGAAAUUUCCUUUGUGUCUCGUGUGACAAAUGCCGAAGCAACAACAACAACUAAAGAAGGCGAUAGCAGCAGCAGCGAACAGGCUGCGCUUUAUAUACACGCCGACGUCGCAGUCGCUGCGUGCGUCAGCAGCGUAUCUGUAAGUGUGUGUUUGCAGAAAACAUAAGGCAAAGCAUAAUACACAAUAAAGGUGCGCACAAAAGCAAAUAACCAAAAGUGACAGCCGCAGCAGCAGCGCUCGAGUUUCUAUGCUGUGUAGUGUAUAUGUGAGUGUGUAAGUGUGUUGGGAAACAUCAAAAGCAAAGCGAAGCAGAGGAAGAGGAGUGAAGUGUAAAGCAAGCAAUAAAACGAAGCAAACAGCUGAAGCUAAAGCUGAAGAAAGAAAAAGGCAAAAGAAAAAUUGUUGAAAAUCUAAUUAAAUCAAGCGAAGAAUAAAUAUGCAUGUGAAAUUGUGAAAGUGUGUGUGUGAAAAUAUGCCAAUAACUGCACUUUGGAUUACAACAACAACACCAACAGCAACAACAACUGCAUCGCGUUUUGGAUUACGUUUAUCACUUGCAGCAAUUGGAUAAAAAUAACAACAAUAACAACAACAUAAAAUGCCGCGCAUUUAUUUGGAUUAGCAGUCAAUAAAAUUGAAUUCAUACAGAAAUAAAAGCCGUCUGGUAUUAUUAUUAUGAUGACGCCCGAGUCGAAAACAACAACAAAAACAACAACAACGCCAAAUACAAUGGCGCAAAAUACACAAAAGUCAGCAGCGACGUCAGCGUCGCAGUCAGCGUCAGCGCUGCAAUUGUCAGCGUUGACAGCGGCGGCUAAAACGAAGUCAGCUAAAAGCUUUGUCAGCAAUGUGAAUAAUAACAACAACAACAACAACAAUAGUAGUAAUAACAAUAAUAAUAACAAUAACAACAACAACAGUAGCAAAAAGCUGGGAACGAAUGUUGUUGAUAAUAAAAUGCAAAUGCAAAAACAGCAACAACAGAAGCAACAGCAACAAAAACAACAACAACAGCAUUUUAAUGGAAACAGCAUUAAAGUAAAAAGUGAAAAUAAAGCAAAUGCAACAAAUGCAACUAAUGCAUUUACAACAACAGCUACUACAACAACAGCAAAAGCAAUGCUUGAGCGCAAAAACAUUAAGAAAGAAUCAACACCUCCAGCAGCGACAACUGCAACAACAGCAACAACUGCAACAACUGCAGUUGAAACAAACAGUUCAUCAUCAUCCUCAUCAUGUUCAUCAUCAUCAUCCGCUUGGUCGACAACAACCGAGGAUGCAUGCAGCAGCAACGGCGGCGCCUCCGCUGAUGAGGAGCCAACGGCAGAAGAGGCGCCAACAGCAGCAACAACCGCAACAGCAACAGCAACAACAUCGACCACGAUGAUGAUGACGACAACAGCAACAACAACAACAACAACAACGCCACGCCCAGUGCUUCUAACUGCCGUCAAUCCGCACAUAAUCUGCCACUUGUGCCAGGGGUAUCUGAUCAAUGCGACGACCAUCGUGGAAUGUUUGCACUCAUUCUGUCACAGUUGCCUCAUCAAUCACCUGCGGAAGGAACGAUAUUGUCCCCGUUGCGAGAUGGUCAUCAACAAUGCCAAGCCCAACAUCAAAUCCGAUACCACAUUGCAGGCAAUUGUCUAUAAACUCGUGCCGGGUCUGUAUGAACGGGAGCUGAUGAGGAAACGGGCCUUCUACAAGGAUCGUCCACAGGAGGCGGCUCUGGCCACGCCCGAACAAAGGGGCGACGAUACCGAACAUUUAAUAUUCAGUCCCUCCGAUGAUAUGUCCUUAUCGCUGGAAUAUGCAGAACUUGGGGAGUUGAAUGCGGAAUCGGAGGUGGAAUUUGGGGAUACGCUGCGUCCACGUUAUCUACAGUGUCCGGCAAUGUGUCGAGUUAGUCACCUGAAGAAGUUCGUCUACGAUAAGUUUGAGAUUGAUGUGCAAAGGUUUAGCAUCGAUAUCAUGUACAAGGUGAAGACAAUUGUGCUGUUGGAUUAUUAUACAUUGAUGGAUAUUGCGUAUAUCUAUACGUGGAAACGGGAUGCACCAAUGCGUUUCUAUUUUCGGGUUUAUGAAUCCCCCAAACCGAUUGUGAAGCCGCAGACGCAGCUGGUGAAGACGCCACAAGUUGUGGUGCCUGCAGUUCAGCUGAAACAGGAGGCAGUUCCAACAGUUCCAGCACUUUGCCCAAUUCCAGCUGCUCUGCCAGUGGCAAAGGCUCCCUCUCUCUCCCCGCCACCGCCGCCGCCUGCCCGCAUCAAAGUGGAGAAACCAGCGCAGCAGGAAGAGUUCCGCAUUGAUCCCAAGCUUAACUCUCCAACGGAGCAACCUCUUAAGCUGAUCAUCAAUCGAAACUUUGUUGACAAGCACGAGAAAUCACAUCAUUCUCCGAAGAAUUCUGCCAAGAAUCUGCCCUCUCCAAUAGCAAGUCCUGGCAACAAGGAGGAGCCCAACAUUAAGCUGAAAAUUGAUCUGUCCAAGCAGAAUAGCGUUACCAUCAUCAAUAUGUCCGAUCCGGAUCGCAAGGAGAUUGUUAAACCCCUGAAACCUGAAAAGGAGUCACGCUCCAAGAGCAAAAAGGACAAGGAUGGCAGUCCCAAAUCCUCCUCUAGCAGCGAAAGGAAACGCAAGAGUCCAAGUCCAUUGACAGUGCCUCCACUAACAAUACGCACCGAGCGCAUUCUCAGUCCCAAUGGAGUCAGCACUGUGUUGAGUCCGCGCAUCACGAGCGGCGCCUGCUUCGAGGAUCCCAAAUCGGAGUUUCUCAAAUCAUUCGCACUGACUCCCAUUAAAGUCAAGGUGGAGUCGCCAGAGAAGAGCAACAAUGGAGCAACUGCAGCCGGUCAAGCCACUGUCAAGUCAAAGAGUCAUCUGGAUGACAGACUGCUGAUGAAGCCGCCAAGUGCCAUGCCGCCCAAGUCAAUAGCAUCCUCGAAGCGCAAGAGCAAGGAACCCAUCAAGGCGGUGUCCAACAAGAAACCAAAACUCUCACCGCCCCUGCCACGCGAGGAUUUCAAGAUACGUCUACCUGCAACGGGUAACACUCUGAAUGCCGCCGCUCCAGCUGCCACAGUGGACAAGCCGUUGAUGCCACCACCCGCCUCCAAGGCGCCCAUUGCCGCUGCACGCCACAAAGCGCAGUCACCCUCGCCUUCACCUUCCUUGCCCCUCUUUCCGCCACUGCAUCAUCAUCAGGGCUUGCAGUUGGCGGCUCCUGGCAAUAGAACUCCCAUUGCCAAGCGUUAUCAGCCUAUACUGCCGAAAGCGCAUCACAAUCCCUUUGCCAAUAUACCCAGUGAUGUGAAUCGUUUGCUCAAGGAUGCGGGCACUGAGAUUAAAUCCAUUGCCAGCCAGGCCAAGUCGCAUGUCUAUGGUCCUAAGGUGACGGAGCCCAAGAUGGGACCACCACCAGCACGUAAUCCCGCCGCGCAAGCCAAUAAAACCAGUCCACACAGUGGCAACACCAACCACAGCAACAACAACAGUCCCAACAAUCACAGCAACAACCACAACAAGUCCAACAACUAUUUAAAUCUGGCGCUCUUCAAUGCCAGCAAAUCCAAGGGCAAGGAGGCGCCACCCGGUUGCCGUACGCCCAUGUACACGCCCAAUUCGCCCAUUUAUUCGCCCAGUUCGCCGCAAUAUGUGCCCAACUAUAAUAUACCGACCAUGCCCACUUAUAAGUAUACGCCCAAACCGACUGCAACAACACCGGGAGCAACAACAACAGCGACAAAUGCCAGCAAUUAUUUGCAAAGCAUGUUGAAUGCAGGUGGUCCAACAAAUGGAGCAGCUGGUGGUGGGGGAGGACUCUUUCCCACACCACCCACAAAAUGCGAUCAAAAUACAAAUCCCGCCAAGUCACAGCAACAACAGCAACAACAACAACAACAACAACAACAGCGCCAACGCAGUCAGAGUCCUUGUCACGAGGACCUUGCACCUGAAAAGCAACAGGUCAAGGUUAAAUCUCUGCUCAAUUCGUGCAACAUUAAUAUUCCCUCGUCGCUGUCCAUCACCAUCUCGCGGGAUAAUGGCGAUGCCUCCUCCCCCAACAGUGGGGCACAUGCCAAGCACAAGAGUCCCGUUAACAACUACAUAGAGAUUGUCAAGUUGCCGGAUCAGCCGGCGACGGAUGCACACAAACCAGCGGAGACGGGGGUCAAAGGUCAGCCCGUUAAACUGCCAGCGCCGCCCAGUAAAACGAUACCAUCACCACAGCAUCUAAUGACGCGUCUCGCACCGCCACAAACUGGACUUGCAACAACCACAACGGCAACAACAAGUGUGGCAGCAACAACUACAACAACAGCUGCCAAGACAACAACAACAACUGCGCAGAAAACCGUGUUGCAGCCACAACAGCAGGCGGAUAAAAAGACGCCCAGUCCGGAGAAACGCAGUGCGGCUGUAGCAGCUGCCACCACACACGGUGCACACUCGCCCAGUUCCGAGAACAAGUCGCCCAAAUCCGCCACGCAAGCUGCCACAAAUGGUGGCACACUCAAUGCCAAUGGCGAUGCCUCGGCCGCCAAAAAGUUUCGUCCCAUUUUGCCACGUCAGCAUGCGAAUGCUCCUGAGUUGGCGCCCAAGCUGCCACAUGUGUUGCCGCCUGCCUACAACAUGGCGCCCAACGUGGGGCAAGGCAAAAAGGUGCCCACAAGCAAAAAGUCGCCGAACGGCAUUGCGUCCAAUGCCAACAAGUUGAGCAAUCAGUUGACGGCCAAAUUAAGCAACAAUUCGCCACCGAAAAAGCUCAGCAAGGUGGCAACGCCGCCACCUGCAGCAGCCGCAGUUGCAACAAAGAUGCCACCACCGCAUCCACAUCCGCAUCCACAGCUGCCCCAGCUGAAUGCACCACUGAGCAUUGCCUCGAGUGCCGCACAAGCUGCAGCUGCCAAUUCCCUGGAUUUGAGCAACUUCCUCAAGGAGAAUCUAAUGCGCGCCCAGGUGGCACAGGCCGCCCAAGCGGCACAAGCGGCUGCCGCUGCUGCCAAUCAAUCGAAUCUGCUGUACAACUUUGCACCAUCCAUGUACAACUAUCAGCAGGCAUAUUUUAUGGAGCAACUGUCGCGCAUGCAACGUGCGGGCAACGAGGUCUUCAAUGAUUAUCUGCAGAAACUGAAGAGUGUGGCAAGUGGCGAUGGCGAGCAUAAGAGUGUGAUGCCCAUGUUGCCCACUGUCACGUUGCCCAGCCCUGGUCCGGUGCCGCUGCCCCCUGUGCCCAGUCCAAAGAGCUCGCCACAUGCCACUGGCAAACUGACGACGACAACAACAGCAACAACAGCUGCUGCUGCUGCUGCAGCGGCUAGCAACUUGGCCAAAAGCAAUGCCAGUCCAAGGCCUCAAGCGGCGGCUGCUAGCAACAAUCUGACCCUGGCCAAAAGCAAGUAAACAGGAGAAAACAUCCACUAAACCACCCAACCACCCACCUAUCCAUCCAAGCGAAUAAACCACCCCCAAAGUGAAGGGAGAAAAGCAUCACUAAUUAAUAUUUAAAGACUUUUCGGAUAGCUGUUAUUCGAAUUUUCCCAUUUAUUUGUUUCACUUUGUAUAUAAGAAAGGAAUUUUAUAAAAGUAAUGAAAACAUUGUAAGA